AUGACUCCGACUGAAGUUAACUACGCGCAAAUUGAAAAGGAACUACUUGCUGUCCUGUUCGCAAUGGAACGUUUUGAGCACUACACUCUUGGACGUAAGGUGAAGGUAGAAUCAGACCACAAACCGCGUGAAAUAAUCAACAAGAAGAGCCUUAUAUCUGCGCCAAAACGAUUGCAACGAAUGCUCUUACGUCUGCAAAAGUUUGACUACGAAAUUGUAUACAAACGAGGACUUGAAAUGUAUCUUGCCGACACACUGAGUCGAGCCUACCUUCCUACAGUUCAACUACAGAAACAUGAUUCAGAAGAUCGAGUACUUGCAAUUACCGAUCGCCCAAAAUCGGAAAAGGAUGUUGAAUCCAUAACCAUGAGCGAGUACGCCAAUAUCUCAUCGGAUACUUUGAAAAAAAUAAAACUUGCAACUUCACAGGAUGAAAUUUUGCUAAAACUAUCCAAAACAAUCAAAGAUGGCUGGCCCGAGCGCGAUGAACUACCACCUGACAUACAAUUCUACCAUACAUUUAGAGAUGAAUUAGUUUCUCAGGACGGACUCAUCUUCAAAGGAGACCGUAUUGUAAUUCCACUCACAUUGAAAGAUGAAAUUCUACAAAGGGUACAUUCGAGCCACAUUGGAAUCCAAGGAUGUUACCGCAGGACCAAAGAAUCUCUAUACUGGCCGAACAUGAUGAAGGAUAUCGAAACCUAUAUUAAGAAAUGUCAUGUCUGCGCUACCAUACAAGUUGAGCAAGGUAAAGAAACUCUCAUUUCUCAUGAGAUACCGGACAGACCAUGGCAAAAGAUAGGAACUGAUUUAUUCCAGCUUGAUGACAGACAGUAUCUCAUUACUGUUGACUAUCAUUCAGACUUCUUUGAAAUUGACCGUCUACAUGAUAAGAAAUCAAAGGAAGUCAUAAACAAGCUCAAAGCCCAAAUGGCCAGACAUGGAAUUCCUGAGAUGCUGAUUUCAGACAAUGGACCUCCCUUCGGUAGCAAAGAAUUUGCAAGCUUCUCACGAAACUAUGAGUUCAAUCAUAUAACCUCAUCACCUUUAUACCCAAAAUCUAACGGAAAGGUAGAAAAUGCUGUGAAAAUUGCAAAAACUUUAUUAAAGAAAUGCCAGUUAGACAACAAAGACCCUUUCUUGGCACUACUCGAUUGGAGAAACACUCCUUCAGAAAAUAUCGGUAGUUCUGCUGUCCAGAGACUAAUGGGACGUCGUACAAGAACACUACUACCAACAAAAUCUGAACUUUUGAAACCAUCCCUACCGACAAAUGUCAAAGAGCAAUUAGCAAAACGGAAAUCUCUGUCAGAAUUCUAUUAUAACCGAACAGCUAAAGACCUACCAAAGAUUAAUAUUGGGGAAACCGUGAGAAUUCGACCUUUUGGAAAGGAAAAAACCUGGACUAAGGCAAAAGUUGACGAGAAAGUUAAUAUCCGCUCAUAUCAGGUUACUACAGAGGAUGGUCGCACCUAUCGUCGAAACAGGAAACAUCUGCGGCGCAGCAAUGAGCCAUUCAUUGUGAACAACGUAGUAGACCCCCCAAACUUUAUUAAUGUGAUGAAUGAUAAGCUACCAUCAGCAGAGAACCCCAAACCAUCAGCGGAUAAAAUUACUCCCAUCAGACGCUCUACAAGACAAAUAAAAAUGCCAAAACGUUUUGAAGAUUUUAAGAUCUACAAGUGA